UCGCCAUUUUGGAAGCUGGAGGAACCAAAAUAUCGGAGGAUUUUCUUUCUUUGAACUUGAUCUCAGGGUAGAACCGACUAGUUGGAUUGUAAAUCAAGUAAAUAGUUAUUUCAAGACUUUCCUGUGACAUAUUUAAUCAAUGUGAAGGGUUUAUUACCCUCCUACCACUUUAUAUAGUUCUUCCGGCUCAAGUCCUGUUUACUAAUCCAUGUACAAGUAUAUUCUGUUCACUGAGUUUUAAACGGUUCGAAUAGCAAGUGACGUUUGAACAAGGGCACGCAUUGAACCAGGACGCCUUGGUUAUAAGGUUGAUUUGGGCACCUAAAUCAAAGACUCUACAGCUGAGGAGAGAAUGGUAUGCCGCUGCGAAGAAUAUAAAAUGGGGGUUUUGGACAGUGAUGGAACUUUCAUUUAUACGAAAUGAUAUUCUGCAGCUGUUAUCUGUCUCAACUCUUGUCUGAAGAAUUGAGAGCUUUACUCCGAUGUCUUCCACACUAGAGGAAAUCGAUGGAAAUUCUAACAUUACGAUCGAUCUCGACGAAAAGGAGUCGGAAACAAAAUGCAGCGAGGAGGAAGUGUUAGUUAAUGGCGAUGGAUGUAUGGACCAUACAAAUUUGAACGGCGAUACGAGCGAUAAUCGAGAUGAAAGCCAUAUUGUUAAAGCUCACAACUCGUUGUUUCCUUUAAAUGGAAUUACACCCGGUGGAGAUCAAGAGUUAACGUUAAUUUUAGCAGAACAUGAGCACAUGAAAAGCGAACUUUCUCAGUUGCAGAAGGAUUACAGAUUACCGUUGGAACGUGAGGAAAGUUUGUCUGAAAAACUUAAAGAUAAUCAUGGGAAAGAAGACUCAAGUGUCGAAGACUUGAGCAGGGUAAACGAAGACUUGAGGAAAAAUUUAGACACAGUGCUUGAGGAGUUAAAAUCCUCAAAGGACGAACUUAAAAGAGUUAAGGACAAAAAUGAUCAACUGGUAAAAGAGAAGAGUAAUCUAACUGCAGAAAUAUCAAGGUUACAAGUGAGUGAAAAUGAAGAAAGUGAAACACUCAGAAAGGCUAAUCAGGAAUUUGAACAGAAACUUCAGGAAAGGACAGAAGAGCUUGAUACUACAAAAGAGAAACUCCAAGCUCAUGAUCAGGCUGCAAAGAGAGCUAUUGCAGCUUUGCAAAAGGAAAUGGCUCUCAGAGUUGACCAGGUGACAAAGAUGUAUGAGGAUGUACUCAAGGAGAAAGAAAAUAUGGGAAUUAAAUCAAUUCAGGGAGAGGAGGAAAAGAAGAAAAUGGCUAGAGAGAAUGAACUAUUAGCAAGAAAAGUUUCUGAAAAUACAAAGGAAAUAGAGAAGUUCCGCCAGAAACUGAAAACAAUGCAGACUGAUCAUGCUAAGUUACAGACGGCCUAUGAUGACAAGGGAAAGGAACUAAAUGCUAUUUUGAGAGAGUCAGACAAGCUUACAGAGGAAGUAAAUUCACAAGCUGUGAAAGUCAAGUGGGCACAGAACAAACUUAAAACAGAAUUAGAGAUGCAUAAGGAAACAAAAGCCAAACUUGCACAAGUAGCACAGAAACUCAAAGAAUCCAGAGAAGAAGGUCUUCAGAUUAGGGCUGACUGUCAGGCUAUGAUAAAACAGUAUCAGGAAUCAGAAGAAAUGAAAUCAAAUUCCUUGGAUAGUAAACUCAAAGCAAAAGAAGUUGAACUUAAAAGGCAUGAGCAAGAAAUUGCAGACCAGGAUGAGGUUCACAAAAUGAAAGUUCAGGAAUUAGAGACAUGGAAAGAGCAGUGCAAGAAAAGUAAAGAAGAAGUAAAGGUUUUCAAAGAAAAGAUAAGUGAGUUAGAGGAAAAAAUCAUACAGUAUGCACUAAAGGUGGCAGAACAUGAAAAGAGUGCCCUAAUGAACAUAAAGGAGCAGCAGAAUCUUAAGAAAGAGCUUGAAGAGUGUCAACUGUACAAGGCAAAGUAUGAAAGUGAGGUAGAGAUGGUGAAGCAUUUAACGUCUGUGGAGAGUGAACAGAAGAAGAUAAUUGCUGACCUAGAAGCUGACAUUUUAGCUUGUCAUGCCAAAGAAGCAGAACUACUAGCAUUCUCUCAGAAAAUGACGGCCAAAAAUGCUCAGCUUCAAUCGGAGGCCAGUGGCACCUUAUCUAAGCUUGAUGGAAUUCUUCUUGACAAAUCAAAAUUAGAAGAACAGUCUGAGCAAGUGGAAAAAGGAAGAAAGGCACUGGAAGAAGAGUUGAAGGAGAAGACCUUGCAAUAUGAAAGAGAAAUUGAAUCGCUGAAAAGUCAUUUGGAAGAGAAAUCAAAAGCUAUGUCGGAACUUGUUGCCUCUCUGGAGGAAUCAAAAGAUGAACUUCAGGUGGUGAAGAGAAAAAACACAGCUCUUAUUAAGGAUCUGACAAGACAGUUGCAACAAUCAAGAAAACAAGUGGAGAAGCUAGAAUCAAACAAUCUGGAAUCUAAGGAAAAUCUAAGUGAGGAAUCUAAAUCCUCAUCCACCAAUUCUCUGGAUAAAAUUGGCGGCGCCUGUACAACUCCUACGUCACUUUCGUCUCCUACCUCAGGCGCCUCUACUACCGAUGGAGGGUGGGUUGUAAUCAAUGGAUGCCAGUCAUCAGCCGACCGGGCCUCACUGGAUGUGUCCAGUGGUGACAAUGUACAGAUUUUAGGGCAGAAGGAGCUCCGUACAAACUCAGAGCUUGAGCCCAAUAAAGCAGUACUUGUGGAACGUAUCUGUAGACUGCAGAAGAUCCACGCUAAAAAGAACGAGAAGCUGGAGUUCAUGGAAGGACAUGUGGCAGCCCUUGUUGAAGAGAUUCAAAAGAAAAGCAGAAUUAUUCAUUAUUAUGUGCUACGAGAGCAAGCAGGAACACUCGCGCCACCCAAGUCCGAUCUACAUAAGGCCCAAGUGUCUCGUCACGGCGGAAUCAUGGCCUCUGUUUACUCGUCCAAAGCAGUGGACCCAGACAUGACUCUAGAUCUGUCCCUCGAAAUCAAUAAGAAACUACAAGCAGUACUAGAAGACACAAUUCUCAAAAACAUAACUCUAAAAGAAAAUCUUGACACCUUGGGAGACGAGAUAACAAGGCUCAAUGAAGAACUGCAAAAGACAAGGAGAAUUAAACGGACUUGAUAUGGCGAAACGCUAAAUGAAGUAUGAUAGACUGGAACAGGAGAUCUUGUUUCAUCAGAUCUGCCUUAAAUGUUAGUCGUAACUAUUGGAUUUAUCGGUGGCUAAAUACGGGGAAGAACGUAAUGAAUCACAUUGGUUACGCUCCAGUAUAAGUCGAGUUAGGAUUGCGUGAAAUAUACCUCGUGUCACCAGAAAAUUUUUAAUUUGUAAAGAAAUAGGAAUUUUAAAGUUGCAAUUAAAAUUAUAUUUAUGGUAUGCGAAUAGAAAAAGAAAACUUUACGGUGUGGUGGAGACGACGAGAGUAUACUUUCGGUCAAGGAGGGACUUAGUUGACCUUAGUUAUGUUAAAAUCAGCGAACUUAUUUUGUCUUUACUCUACUGUAACACUAGCAAGAAAAAAAAGACAUCUAAAAACACCAUAAAUGGAAAAACGAGAUUCAUAUCAUUUUUCAUUUAUUUUUGUCGUAAGAUUGCGAACUAAUUUUGUUGUUACAGAUGUAGGAGCAUCUGUGACAAAUAGGGCAGCUUUCAUAUUGGUGCCCAAUCCAUUGACGUUCUAAUCUCUUUCAAUUUCUGACUUUCUCUGUUUUUUGAUUUGUUUUUCGUUCGUGGUUAUGUUAAGAAAGUCGUAUGGUCUUGCGCACUUCACCAUUCAGGCUCUGUUUCUGGGUCACGGUAUCGGUUAAAGUCGACGUGAAUAAAAACGCAUCCAGCAAAUUUGAAUUAAUCAAGACAAUUAUAAAUGACAUUGUUUAAUUAACAGGCUAGUAUUUGUAUUAUAUGUACAUAAAGGCUUUGCGAAUUGAAA